CGCCACCGCGCCUUUUACUGAACAAUCAAUUCCAGAGUCCCGCACACCAUUCGACGUUAAAUCCGAGCCGCCUAGAUCUUGCGUUGCGAGCUCGGACUUAGAGGGACUUAAAGUCCCGCCAAUAGCAUCAAGGCGGUGGACACGGGGAGAAGCUCUCUAACCGCUAUUGGCAGCAAAGGAUUCUGUGUUACAUCACCCACAUCGGCGCCCAAUCACCGCCCCCUGCCCGGUUCGCCAACGGUGUAUCCAGGCGGCUGUUUAGGGGUAGGGGUAGUGUAUGUCCUAAGGACCAGGCAGAAACGGGUCAUAAGCAGGAGGGUCGUUGGGAAAAUAUUGGGGACGUUGCGACGCGACGCUCCGCUCGCGACAGCAUCACGCCCGUCUCCCGUUCCUCGCCACCGACGCAUCUUGUUCCCACCAGACGAGCACCUAAUACCAUGGCCAUGGCAAGGACCGCGGUGGCAUUCGCUCUGCUCGCGUGCCUCGAAUGGGCGCAGCACGCCGGCGCCCACUUUGUGCUCACGUACCCCGGGUGGCGGGGCAUGACCCUGAUAGCCAACGAGACGUUCCCGUUCGGGAUGCAGUGGUCGUACCCGUGCGGCAGCCUGGGCAUCACGACGAACCGGACGUACUGGCCGACGACGGGCGGGGCCGUGGCGCUGCAGCCGGGGUGGUUCCGGGGCGGGUCCUCAACGCUCAUCUACGUCAAUUUGGGUCUGGGCGAGGUGCCAAACAACCACUCGCUCAACAUGGCCAAGUUCCACGUCGACGGCCCGCCUGGCGACAACCCCUACCCGGGCACCGCCUGCCUGCCCAACGUCCCGCUGCCCGCCGGCGUGGCCCCCAAGAGCGGCGACAAGGCCACCAUCCAGGUCGUCGAGCUGCACAACCACGGCGCCGGCAGCUACAACUGCGUCGACAUCAUCUUCACCGACGACGCCAGCCUGGUGCCGCCCGUCAACGAGGCCAACUGCUUCAACAGCACCAGCCUAGUCGUCGACGGCGCCGAGAUCGUCGCCGACCACGCCGCCCCCGCGUUCUGCGCCCGCCAGAGCACCGAAGACGGCGGCGGCACAUCGUCCAGCAACCGCUCGACCCUGUUCAGCUCCACGACCGCGGGCGCCCCCGCUCCCACGAGCACCCACCCCAGCGGCGCGGGCGGGACCGAUAGAGGGGUCGCGGCGCGCGCGGCGGCGGUGGUGUGGGGCGGCGUGGCGUAUUUCGCCGUGUAGGAGAGGAAGAAAGAGAUGGAAGGACUAUCCGCGAGGUGUAUGAUAGAUAAUCAGGCACGGGGUGGGAGAGCAGGAUACCGCAGGGGUAAUUAUGUUGGGAUCUGAUUAUGUUGGAACAACGCGCAUUCCAGCCACAUAGAGGUGGCUGUAGCAACGCAUUCAUCAGCCACACAGGUGGCGGUGGAGGCGUAGGAGUCCCAGAUUCCAUAUAAGUGGCCUACGGCCACCUCUUUCUUCUAGAUAGACAUAGACAACAAUGACCAUCACUUGAACCACCAGCUUU